AUGGAUUCAACAAAAGAUGAACCUUUCUUGUUCCCAACAACAAUGUACGAACGUGAUUGCUUUCACCCUUCUAAGUUCUUUUCUGCAAACCUUCUUUCAUCUCCAUUACCAACUAAUUCUUUCUUCCAUAACUUCCUUCUCUGCAAUGGCGACAACCCCGAGUACAUUCACCCUUACCUCAUCAAACCCUCAGCUUCCUCUCUUUCUCUCUGCUACCCUUCUCGCUCUGUUCAUUCUCAUUGCAUUUACCAAGACUUCAACCCUGAUCUCACUGUUUCUUCCUCAACAAGUUCUGAAUCCCACCAUGUUAUAUCUUCCUUCACUGGUCUCAGUGUUACUCUGGAUUUUCCUUCUUCCAAUCUUGGUUUCUUUCUUGUUAGGGGAUGCCCUUAUGUUACUUUCUCUGUCUCCCAUCAAACACCAUUAUUUUCAAUGACCACUGUUCACAAAUUCUCUUCCUUUACUUCAAAUUCUUCACUCACAAAGUAUGCCCUCAAGCUUGACAAUGGUCAAGCAUGGCUUUUGUAUGCUUCUUUACCAAUCAAGGUUAGUAACAGCUAUGAGACUAUGAUCUCUUUCUCAAAGAAAUUUACUUCUCGUGAUCAUGGGGUUCCUCUGGUAGUGAGGAUAGCAUUGUUGCCAAAUUCAAGUUCAGAACUCGAGGAUGUUCUUGACAGGUACAGCUCUUGUUACCCUGUAUCUGGUGAUGCUUUGUUUACUAAGCCAUAUUGUGUUGAAUAUAAGUGGGAGAAGAGAGGGUUUGGUAAUGGUGAUUUGUUAAUGUUAGCACACCCUCUCCAUCUUCAACUUUUAUCCAAGGAUGAGGGCAAUGUUACUAUUCUUCAAGAUUUUAAGUAUAGGAGCAUUGAUGGGGACCUUGUUGGUGUUGUUGGAGAUUCAUGGUUGCUGAAAGCAGAUCAUGUUCCUAUGAAUUGGUAUUCUACUAGAGGUGUCAAAGAAGAAUCUUUUGAUGAAAUCAAAUCAGCUCUUUCCAAAGAUGUUGCUGCUCUUUGUUCUUCUGAGAUAACAACAAUUUCAGCUUACUAUUAUGGGAAAUUUAUUGCAAGGGCAGCAAGGUUGGCUUUGAUAGCCGAGGAGAUUGGUUUUCUUGAAGUGAUCCCAUCCGUGAAGAAGUUCUUGCAUGAAACAAUUCAGCCAUGGUUGGAUGGGACUUUUGAUGACAAUGGAUUUCUAUAUGAUGCAAAUUGGGGUGGAAUUGUUACCAAAGAACGUUCAUAUCAAGAUUUUGACUAUCAUAAAUAUGGUUGCCACCAUUAUCAUUUAGGAUACUUUCUCUAUGGAAUUGCAGUGCUUGCAAAGAUUGAUCCAUCAUGGGGUAUGAAGUAUAAGCCUCAUGCCUAUUCUAUUAUGGCAGAUUUCAUGAACUUAGGUGGAGAACAUGAUUUGAACUCAAAGAAUUAUACGCGUCUAAGGUGUUUUGAUCUAUACACAUUGCAUUCUUGGGGUGGAGAGACCUUCCCUGAUCAAGGAAGGGAACAAGACAGCACCAGUGAAGCAGUAAAUGCUUACUAUUCGGCGGCAUUGAUGGGUGUUGUAUAUGGUGACAACAAUCUUUCUGCCAUUGGAUCAACUCUUGCAUCAUUGGAAAUUCAUGCUGCUAAGAUGUGGUGGCAUGUGAAAGAGGGUGAUAAUAUGUAUGAAGAAGAUUUUACUACAGAAAACAAGUUAGUUGGUUAUCUUUCAGUUAACAUGAGAAAUAGGAAAAUGCGGUAUUGUUAUACUAGUAAGGAGAGUAAGAUUGCACUUCAUGUUUUACCCUUGUUGCCUAUUUCUGAGUGUUUGUUCUCCAAUGUUGAUUUUGUUAAGGAGCUUGUGGAAUGGACACAGUCUGGAUAUGGAGAUGGUCCUGCAGAUGGAGAUGGAGAUGGGUGGAAGGGGUUUGUCUAUGCACUUGAAGGAAUUUAUGACAAUCAAAUUGCUUUGAAGAAGAUUAGAAGCUUGAAGUGUUUUGAUUGUGGCAACUCAUUGAGUAAUCUGUUAUGGUGGAUUCACCGCAGAGAUGAUGAGGAGAAAUUCAAUUGUGGUCAUGGGAGCCAUGAGAAUUGA